UAUAACUCAAACCCGAGAGUCAGGGUAAAAGAGUCACCAAACAAUGUAGAUGGGAAAACCCACAAGUAUCAAUAUGAUAACUUUGACAAUAAAAACAGUUAAUAUAUAUCCGAUAAUCAUAAUAGCAUAAAAAUUAGGAGGAAGGGUCGAAGCAACUAGGUAGGUAAUUUCUCAACAGUUUCCUAAUUUCCUAAUCCUGGCUAACUUACAUAGUUAAAAAGGUAAAAAAAACUUUUUCUCUCUGUAUAUAUAUAUACACACACACACACAACGUACUCCUUCCUUGUUAUUUUUAUUUGUGCACCAAAAAUUAACAAAAAUGUCUAGUGAAAGCCUUCUCGCUUGUGCUGCUGAGAAACCAAAGCCUUGUCGAGAAAGCCUAGUCUCAAAGGGAAUGCCGACUCGUAAACUCGAAAUCACGGCCAUAUCGGCGGAGGGACUCCUCGAGGGUAGAAAGCCGGUGAAGAAGAACGCGUUCGUAGCCUUCGAGAUCGCUGGGAAUCACUGCAGCGGGGCGAUAAGAACGAGGAUCGACGAGGUCGGCGGGGAUUAUCCGGCGUGGGAAGAUAAGCUAGAGAUGGAGUUUUCGUUACCGGAGGAGAAGAAGGAUAAAGAGAGUUUCUUGUACGUCGGUGUUUAUUGCCAGCUGGUCUCAGGGAAGGAUAAGCACGUGGGAACGGCACGUGUGCCGAUAAAGGAUUUUACGGGAGGAUAUGCGCCGGAGGGUUUCUUGCAUUGUUUGAGUUACAGGUUGUGGGACGAGUACGGGAAAAGGAACGGUAUUGUCAAUUUCUCGGCGAGGAUCGUGAAGGCCGGUCUGCGUUCGUUUUGGUUAGACCAUCCGUAACGGAGGUCCCUAAGGAAUCCUUAACAUUAAUCCUUAAGGUUAAUGAAAUAUAAUAAUAAUAUUUUGGCUUAACUAACUAUGGAUCAAUCCUUCAAGAAGGAUUGGAAGGACUUGAUCCUUAAUACACGUGUCUUCUUAUCCUCCUCUUUCUCCUUCGCUCUCUCUAUAUCUCCUCCCUGGCUCUCUCUCAAUCUCUCCUCGCUAGCCCCAUCAUCGCCCACCAUGGCUCCUCUAUCAUCUUCCUCUUCUUCUUCAUCACCCAACCCUAGAUUAUUUUCAUAAAAAUUGGGGCUUUCUCAUCCGAUCCCAAUCGAGUUCUCACCUCAGGUUCGUCGAAAAUUGGGGCUUUUGCUGGAUUAGAUCAACACUAUGCUCGUUGCUAUUGGGAGUUUUCUAAAGCUCGACUCAGGAAGCAGAUUCGUAUGUUUCCUUCUCCACGACUUCUGUAUUUUGACACAUUCGUUGUUUCUUUUGAAGAUAUAAAGUUGGAAGAAUCGAGCAGUUAGAAACAUCUGAUCAGGCAAAAGCCAGAGGUGCAAAUACUGUAAGUUGUCUUGGGAAGAUGUCAACAAGGAUAAUACCGAGGAAGCUAGUUCAGGUAUUAACUCCAUCAACAGCAAGUGAGGGUAAUCUAGGGCCUGAUCCCGUCCAUCUCCUUGCUAUAAAAGAGGUGAAAAUGGAGCUAGAAAAGUGUUCAACUGUCCAGAAGUGGCCUGAGCUAUGGCCUAAACGGCUUGUGAGUGUAAAGCCUCAAAGUGUUUCGGCUGACACAAAAACAUCCAAGAAAGAUACAGAGAAAUGGUCAGAGAUUGUAUCUGAUGUCUAUCUUGAACGUUUAGCUGUAAACUGGUCUAGCGUGAGGAAUGUGAUGGACAUGAAUGCUGGUUUUGGCGGCUCAAGAUCAUAAUGUGAAGGCAGUUAGGGAGUGAUUCUGAAAGCAGGGUGAAUGGUUCUUCUUGUGUUGAGAGAAUCGAGUUUGUGAAUCCCCUCUACACACUCUCCCACUCUCUUUACAAGGAGAGGUAUAUUAGCAGCGUUGUUCCUCAAGCUGAAUCAGUCUCUGCCCACAGUCUUUCUCUUCAGUUCCCAACAACUCAAGAGGUAUCUCUGCUUCUUCUGCACUCUGAUAUCUUCUUGCACAUCUCCCUCACAUCUGACUCCAACUUCUCUACUUCUCCUUCCUCGUAGAGCUCAACUCCUGGAUCUACGGCCAUGGACUCUGUUCAAUUUUGAAAUCCGCCCUUGUGAGAUUUGUGUCGUCUUUUCAAAUGAGAGGAGCGCUAACAAAAACCACUUCCACUCUUGAGUGGUUAAUGAAACGGUAGAGAAAUAUAAGUAUUUUCACCAUAAUACGGCGCCGUUUUGACUGUUUUGCUUUUCUUCGUUAACGUUUAGCAAAUGAGAAGAAACUGGGAAUCAAUUCAAUAAUUCAUACAAUGGGGGUGAUUGGUUGGGUUGUAACAGUAGAAAAUUUACUUUAGCAUUUUGUCUAUAGGAUUUUUGAUUUAGCUUUAUGUGAUGUAGCUUUAAAAUUUCCUACAGCUAAAAAAAUAGAGCUUUAGAAAAUAAUAUAUUUACAGCCAUUUUUUGUGUG